AUGAUUAUUGAUGGAAAGAAGUAUGCUUGCCAGAAGUGUAUACGCGGUCAUAGAGUGACCACUUGCAACCAUAGUGGUGUUGAAUUAGUGUUGAUUAAACCUAAAGGUAGACCUUCGACGACAUGUGAGCAUUGUAAAGCAGUGAGACAUAAUACUAAUUUUAAUCCAAUGGGCAAAUGUCAAUGUGGGAAGAAUGUAAAACCUAUUAGAGUCAGAAGACGGUCUAAGGCAAGCAUAAGUUCAAUAAGUAAUAACACUACUCCGAUGGUGACUCCAGCAUCAUCGUUAAUGAAUGACUGUGACUGUUUAUCCGGGUCGAUUUGUAAGUGUAAUGUGACAAAAAGGAAAGCAUCAGUGGUGUCUCUUACUGGACAUGGCUCUGGUUUCGUUAAUUCAAAUUUAAACAGAAAGUCUAUUUCUUCCUAUAUUUCAUCACCCAAUUUAGUCCAUAGAGAGGAUUCAUUCUCGAAUUUAUUCCCAACGGAAUCAGUUAAUAAUGAUUUAUCUCUGGAAUUCACAGAUAACUUCAAUAAAAAUAAUAGAGAGAAGGUUGAUGAUUCAGGUGUUUCGUUGAUGGAUUUCUUCUUGAAUACAGACAAAUCGGUAGAUCAAAAAAUCGAUUUCAACAAUUACCCAAAUACUUCUCCGGUUUCACCAACUACCACAAGUUUCAUUGAUAACGUAGUAGGUGAAAUGAAUAUAGCAAUGGCGUUGUCGAAUAAUAGCAGUUUCUUAAAUAACGAUGAUAUUGGACUGCCCUCUGAUAUGGAAUAUAUUGGUAAACGAUCAUCAACGAGUGAAAGUAUUUCGCCCAAGUUUGUUUCACAACCUUUCAAGAAUGAUAGCAAUAAUAAUAAUAUUAACAAUAGCAGUCUUAAUACCACGCAGAAGAAACAUUUUGAUACCGUCACAAAUAAUGCUCUUGUGACAGAUAAUGGUGGCACCAAUGUAAGUGAUAUAUUCGAUUUAAACAAUAUAUUCAAUAUUUUAGAAUCAAAUGACGUUCCAGCUACUGCAAACGAUUUCGAAUUCCAAAGAAACAAUAUAAACUGGAAUAUAUCAAAUAUAUGA